AUGCAGCAACAACAGGACAGCCUUAGUUUGGCUUCGCCCAUGUUUAAAUCGUCGUCGUCCACCACGACACCGACAACUACAAAGUCAACUACGCCAAACUUAUUGUUCACCAAGAGGUCCACUGGUUCAUUGUCAUCAUCGUCAUCAUCAUCAUCAUCAGCCUCAUCACUUCAAUCAAUGUCAUCAUUAUCAUCAAUGUCUUCAAUGUCAUCAUCAUACUCAUUCACACAUUCCAAGCCAUCCGCCACCACUCCCACCCAUGCUCCAACUCCAACUGCCACCACGACUCCCAAGACAAGCUCAGCAACACUCACCAGGGUAUCGGCCACAACUAAGCCACCAACUGGUCGUCCCAAGCCCUCCCCAUCAACAUCAACGUCAUCGUUGUCAGUGAAGAGAUCGUCUUCGUGCAUUGAUGAGGACGACUACUCUGAGCGCCCGGCAAAGGCACUCAAGUUGGUCAAGUCCAACAAGGAGAACACUUCGAACAACAGCACACAAAGCAGCAGUGGUCGUCGUCCACCCAUCAAGACAUCGAGCACCGGUACCACGGGCAAGCGAGCCCCAUUGAAGGCCUCCGGGGGCUCAGCCACCAGGACGACCUCAACAUUGAAGAAGCAGCCAGUAGUGCCCGCAUCCAGAACCGCACAACAACUGAACAAGUACCUCUGUGUCCCAACACCGGCGUUGGCACCAGUGGCCGUAGCACCGGUCGCCCCCAAGUUCAUGACAUUUGGCCACCAUCAUCAACACACCAUGCCUACGCAGCAGCAGCAGCAACUUCCCCAGCCACAGAAGGAGUUGAAGAACUAUGUCCUGGAGUCCAGCAUCAAGACAACGAUGUCCACGCCUGGAAAGAAGGUGCCCUCAGUCUCGUCUACCACUGCCGCGCCCAAGCUGUUGAUAUUCCCAAGUCUAAGCGUGCAGAAGGAGUUGAAGAUGUCCGACCUGUCGCUGUGA